UAGUACGGGCUUGUACGACAGUUCAUCAUGGCGGACCCAUUGAGUUUGUUGCGGCAGUACAAUGUUAAUAAGAAAGAGAUAAUCGAGCGUGAAAACGAAAUAAUAUUCGGUGAAUUUUCGUAUCCGAAAAAUGUGAAAACUAAUUAUCUUACAUACGGAUCCGGGAAAGAAGGGACUCCCAAAGAAUAUUAUACACUUGAGUGUCUGUUAUUUCUGUUGAAACAUGUUCAACUUACUCAUCCAGUGUACGUACGACAGGCAGCGGCAGAAAAUAUUCCUGUUGUACGACGUCCUGACAGAAAGGAUUUGUUGGCAUACCUUAAUGGUGAAACUGCCACAUCAGCCGCCAUAGAUAAAUCAGCACCAUUAGAGAUACCUACACAAGUCAAACGUACUGCCGAGGAUGGAACCGAAAGUGGUUCUUCAAAGAAACCUCGAUUUGAGGAGACGCAUGUACAGAAAGUUAAGGAACAACUGGCAGCUCGAUUGGAUGCUCCAAAAGAAGCCUCGGUCACUGUGGAUAAUAUCAAAUCCCUUUCAGAAGCUAUGUCGGUUGAAAAGAUUGCUGCGAUCAAAGCUAAACGAUUGGCCAAAAAGCGUACGACUAUAAAGGAGAAUGACGACAUUGCCAUGGGAUCCGAUUUGCGUGUCAUAUUGGAUAUGGACGUCGAUGACACUAAGGAUAUUGUUUCAAGGGAGAGGCAGUGGAGAACAAGAGCAACUAUCUUACAGAGCAGUGGAAAAUUAUUUGCAAAGAAUAUAUUUGCAAUUUUACAGAGUAUCAAAGCAAGAGAGGAGGGUAGACAGAAGGGUCCUUCCGCUCCUACUCCUAUGGUUACUCCGAGAUCCACUCCUAUGAGAGCUUUACCUCAGCCAGCUGUAUACAAUCGUUACGAUCAGGAAAGGUUCAUCAGACAAAAGGAAGAAACCGAAGGUUUUAAAAUCGAUACUAUGGGUACUUACCACGGUAUGACCCUGAAAUCCGUGACAGAAGGAACCAAUCCAGCAAUCAGAAAGCCACCACCGAAUCCAACAACAACUCCUAUUUCGGGCCUGUUGCCUACAUCUGCUGCCAAAUUAACUCCGCAACAAGUAGCCCAAAACAAACGUCCCAGCAGGACUCCGAUUAUAAUAAUUCCAAGCGCCAACACGUCUCUGAUUACAAUGUACAACGCUAAAGAUAUUUUGCAAGAUCUAAAGUAUCUCAGUAACGAGGAAAAGCGCUCAGCAGGUUGUAAACGAGAAAAUGAGGUCCUUUUGCAGCGAAGGAAGGAUGGUGGUCUUACGGUACCAUAUCGAGUUGUCGACAACCCGCAAAAAUUAACGAACGCUGACUGGGAAAGAGUCGUUGCCGUGUUUGUUAUGGGUCCUGCUUGGCAAUUUAAAGGCUGGCCGUUUGAUGGAAACCCUGUUGAAAUUUUCUCAAAAAUUUGCGCUUUUCAUCUGAAAUACGACGAGAUGAGACUAGACACGAACGUUGCUCGUUGGGCUGUGACCGUUAUUGAACUAAGUCGCACUAAAAGGCACUUGGACAGAGCUGCGCUAAUGGUCUUUUGGGAACACUUGGAUAAGCACAUGAUUAAGAACAAGCCACACUUACGAUUCUAGGAUCGUAUCAAGGAUAUAUCCGUGUGUUACGAUUGGUAUCAUCGGGGGACCGUUCACACGUAUUUUCGGUAUCUUUUAUCAACUAUUGUAAAUACCCUGGAAUGAUGUAACAGCCUUUUCUGUACAUUAGGUAAGACACGGAACUGGAUCGCGUGUAAGCACGCAAUAAAGUAUUACAACGUUGACGUA